CCAACGUUCUAGUUUGAUCGUUCCGUUCUCUGACUUGUUGCGAAGCCAUGGCUCGUACUAAGCAAACUGCUCGCAAAUCUACUGGCGGUAAGGCUCCGCGAAAGCAAUUGGCGACUAAGGCAGCUCGUAAGAGCGCACCAGCAACUGGCGGAGUGAAGAAGCCUCAUCGUUAUCGUCCUGGUACUGUCGCUCUUCGUGAAAUUCGAAGAUACCAGAAGAGUACCGAGCUUUUGAUCCGAAAGCUGCCAUUCCAACGGCUCGUACGUGAAAUCGCUCAGGACUUCAAGACUGAUCUCCGUUUCCAAAGUUCGGCGGUCAUGGCACUUCAAGAAGCUAGCGAGGCGUAUCUGGUUGGUCUCUUUGAGGACACGAAUCUUUGUGCUAUUCACGCAAAGAGAGUUACCAUCAUGCCUAAGGACAUACAGUUAGCACGAAGGAUUCGUGGCGAAAGAGCUUAAAUUUCUCUUCUUAACAACGAAAUAAACGGCCCUUUUCAGGGCCACCAAUCAUUUUUAAUCGGAGAAACUACUCUUCAUUUGCUACUCAACAUGUGCUUGAAUAAAAAUUUUCCUGUGUAAUACAAUAAUUUUCAAACGAUAUUAGGAAUAUACAAUAAGGAUAAAAAAUG